GUCUUCGCUGCGUGCUUUCUGGAGAAGCUGCACGGCCCUAGGCGCUUUGAAUCGGCGUUACAGUGAACUGCAUUUCCCCGUUCCCCUCGCAGCUGCGCCAAUGGCUCCACUCACCACGUCGUCGAUUGAGGUGGAAUUGAGCACUCGUCAAGCAAACCGUCAUCUACCUCCGUACUCGCAGCUGCGUCUCCUUCAGCAAGAAAAGUCGGGCAGGCGACAUCCCCGUCAUCUGCCGUCUUCUUAGCUAAUCUAUUACUGUGGUUAACCCUCAAACCGGGUUGCAACACCAUGAUUGACCUCCCUCUCGACCAUGGCUCCUUGGAGCACAUCCUGCCCGUGACCUGGAAAUCACAGAUCACCGCCUGGCUCGCCGAAGACACGCCCUCGUUCGACGUCGGCGGCUUUGUGGUCGGCAACGACCACCGCACCGCCACCCUCUGGGGCAAGUCAUCCGGUAUUCUCGCCGGCAUCCCCUUCUUCAACGAGGUCUUCGCGCAGUGCGGGUGUACCGUCGAUUGGCAUGCCCGCGAAGGCUCGCACAUCGAGACGCACGGCUCCAAAACCGCCCUGGCCACGGUGAGCGGACCCGCACGCGGCCUGCUGGAGGGGGAGCGCGUGGCGCUCAACAUCCUGGCCCGCUGCUCGGGCAUUGCGACCAUGAGCCGCCGCCUACUGGUCAACUUACGCAGUGCUGGCUACAAGGGCACCUUGGCGGGCACGCGCAAGACCACCCCCGGCUUCCGGCUCGUCGAGAAGUACGGCAUGCUGGUGGGCGGCGCGGACACUCACCGUAUGGACCUGAGCACCAUGGUCAUGCUCAAGGACAACCACGUGUGGAGCCGCGGGAGCAUCACCCAGGCGGUCAAGGCCGCCAAGGCCGCUGCCGGAUUCAGCGUGAAGGUGGAGGUCGAGGUGCAGAGCGAGGAGGAGGCGGAUGAGGCCAUUGCUGCCGGUGCCGACGUGGUCAUGCUGGACAACUUCACUGGGCCCGGCGUCAAGGCCGCCGCGAGGAGUCUUAAAGAGAAGUGGAAGGGCAAGAGGGAGUUCCUCCUCGAGGUCUCGGGCGGCUUGACCGAGGACAACGCGGAGCUCUACAUCUGCAACGAUGUCGAUAUCCUCUCGACAAGCUCCAUUCACCAGGGCGUGCGCCACAUCGACUUCUCUCUCAAGAUUAAUGUAGAGAAAGGCGAAGGCCCGGAGGUGUCGAGUUAGGCAAAGUGGAAAAACCAAUUGUUGUAACAGCCAUCGAUUGCGACUACACAAAUGUUGGGCAGGUAUCGGGUGUGCGCUGCAUUCCGUUCGGCUAUGAAGCUGCAGGCUCUGUCAACUCUCUCGCUUGGGGAGGUAGUCCAACUUGCCGUCCGGCACCCUCAAUGCUACGUUUACUUGACAGAGAAGAACGUGUGAAACCGAAUCUCUUUGUCUCACUUUUCCCCCCAAGCUACUGAAGCAGCAUUCAGGAACGGUCCUUCCUCAAGAUUUGGCA